AUGAAGAAUCUGCAUGUGGUGUUCACCAUGAACCCCACGACCAGUGGCCUCAAGGACAGGGCCGCCACAUCGCCUGCGCUGUUCAAUCGGUGCGUAGUGGAUUGGUUCGGUGACUGGUCGUCCCAUGCCUUGUACCAGGUGGGGUUGGAGUUCACCAACAAAGUGGACAUAGACAGCCCCGACUACACAGCACCUGCCGACCUGCCUCUGUCAGUGCAAGAACUGCCAGAUAAUCCAUCACACAGAGAAGGUAGGUCUAAAACACACAGGAG